AUGUCGGCAACGAGCUGUCGAAUACUAUUCGCCAGUCUUGGCAUCCCAACUCACGUCUCCUGCAUUCUCAUUCUACUAAUCGCUUUUGAUCGGUAUCGAUCCGUUCGAUUUCCUGUCUUUGCCAGCUCCGGAACUCCUGGUAGUAACCCAACAGGAACUGGUUCGAACACCAUUCGAACGGGUAUAGCUAUCCUGCUCGUUAUUGGAAGCUUAAUAUUCAGCAUUCUUGCGGCAUUUCCUGUGGCUUAUUAUACUGAUGUUCAAGAAGCCAAAGUGAUAAUUUCAGAUGUUGCAAAUAUCUCCGAUUACAAUGACAUAACAUUUGCAUUGCAAACCAAAGGUUAG